AUGGCAUCGCCCAAUGGCUCUGGGACGCCUCGGCGGGACACGAGGAAUCACCUUCUCUUUGAGAUCGCAACUGAGGUUGCCAACCGAGUUGGAGGUAUUUACUCCGUGUUGAAAUCCAAGGCUCCGGUCACGACUGCAGAAUAUGGCGAACGUUACACACUUAUUGGUCCUUGGAACAGAGCUUCGGCUGCUGUCGAAGUCGAAGCUAUGGAGCCCACAAAUCAGGCGAUGAUCGAUACAAUGGCGUCGAUGAAGGAACGAGGCAUUGAAAUGAUCUACGGACGCUGGCUUAUUGAAGGUGCCCCUCGGGUGCUGCUCAUCGACACUGGUACUGGCUAUGGCUAUCUGAAUGAGUGGAAAGGAGACCUCUGGAACACCUCCGGUAUUCCCUCGCCGGAAGGCGAUCAUGAGACAAAUGAAGCGAUUGUGUUCGGAUACCUGGUAGCAUGGUUUCUUGGAGAGUACAUUGCGCAUGAGUCGAAACGAGCCGUGGUUGCCCAUUUCCACGAAUGGCUGGCGGGAGUUGCUCUCCCUCUGACAAAGAAGCGCCAUAUGGAUUUGACCACCAUCUUCACCACCCACGCCACUUUAUUGGGUCGCUACCUAUGUGCUGGUUCCGUUGACUUCUACAACAACCUGCAAUAUUUCGACGUCGAUGCCGAGGCCGGAAAGCGCGGUAUCUACCAUCGUUACUGCAUCGAGAGAGCGGCCGCCCAUUCCGCAGACGUUUUCACCACCGUGUCGCACAUUACUGCUUUCGAGAGUGAGCAUCUGCUCAAGAGGAAACCAGAUGGUGUGCUGCCUAAUGGAUUGAAUGUCAAGAAGUUUUCUGCCAUGCACGAGUUCCAGAAUCUGCACUCACAAGCCAAAGAAAAGAUUCACGAUUUUGUCCGAGGGCACUUUUACGGACAUAUGGACUUUGACCUGGAUAAUACGCUCUAUCUCUUCACUGCCGGUCGUUACGAGUAUCGCAACAAGGGUGUGGACAUGUUCAUUGAGUCACUGGCACGACUGAACCAUCGUUUAAAGACAAGCGGCUCAAAGACUACUGUAGUUGCGUUUAUCAUCAUGCCUGCCCAGACUUCAUCUCUGACAGUCGAGGCAUUGAAGGGUCAAGCUGUCGUCAAGUCGUUGAGGGACACCUUGGAAAUGGUGGAGAAAGGUAUCGGUCGUCGACUCUUUGAACGUUGUCUCUCGUGGAAGGAAGGAGAUAGUUUGCCUGAUGAGAAGGACCUGAUUACCAGCCAAGAUCGAGUCCUCUUGCGUCGCCGUCUGUUCGCCUUGAAACGCCACACUCUUCCUCCGAUUGUCACUCACAACAUGGUCAACGACUCUGAAGACCCGAUUCUGAACCAGCUGCGCCGUGUACAACUCUUCAACCAUCCUUCAGACCGAGUCAAGGUUAUUUUCCACCCCGAGUUCCUCAACUCUGCUAACCCCGUCCUGCCAUUGGAUUACGACGACUUUGUACGAGGCACUCACAUGGGUGUUUUCCCUUCAUACUACGAACCGUGGGGUUACACCCCAGCCGAAUGUACGGUCAUGGGUGUUCCCAGCAUUACUACGAAUCUGUCUGGUUUCGGCUGUUACAUGGAAGAACUCAUCGAGAACUCAUCCGACUAUGGUAUUCAUAUUGUGGACCGACGUGCCAAAGGUGUUGACGAAUCUGUCAACCAGCUGUGCGAUUUCAUGUUUGAGUUUACGUCCAAGAGCCGACGACAACGUAUCAACCAGCGUAACCGAACGGAGCGAUUGAGUGAUUUGCUUGACUGGAAGCGUAUGGGGCUUGAAUAUGUCAAGGCCCGACAGCUAGCUUUACGACGAGCUUACCCAACAUCGUUCGAUUCCGAGGAGGAUUUCAGCGACUACAUUGGAAGCACAGCUCAGAAGAUCUCUCGACCAUUUUCCGUGCCAGGCUCGCCUCGUGACCGUUCUGGCAUGAUGACUCCAGGAGAUUUUGCAUCGUUGCAAGAAGGACGAGAGGGCCUCAGCACGGAAGACUAUAUUGCAUGGAAAUUGCCUGAAGAGGAAGACCAAGACGAGUUCCCCUACCCCUUGACUCUCAGGACCAAGAAACCCUCCGAUCGUCCUCAGUCACCGCUUGACUCCAUCUCAUUGAACGGGAAAUAA